GUUUGAGCAGAAACUGUCUGUGUAUAUAAAGACUUGUACGGAUGUCACAGGCAGAGAGCUUAUUCACCUACAAAUGCUUUACCUCACAAGAUUUACUGAUUCAGGAAGUAAACUGAAGAUCAGGGUCUCCAGGCUAGUUUUGAAUUGAAAUAGAAUGCAGCUCCAGUUUGGAUUCAUCUGUGCUUUACUGAGCUUCACAAAACUGUCUCGAGCUGAGAGCAGCUCAGAUUUGCUCACCUGCGAGAGUGAUUACUGGCUGCGUGUCAACUGCUUUUUAGAUUCCAGAGCCGUUCAAAACAGAUUGGAAAAUAUUACAUACCAGCUGGAAUUUGUCAUAAACAAGGAAAAAAACAGAAACUGUUUACUUUCAGUGGAAAGGGAUGGAUACAGCUGCAUUUUUACAGCAAAACUAACUUAUUCCAGCCAUUUUAUGAGUUACAACAAGAUAAAUAUAUACCUGUGUGAUCCUAAACCCUGUCAACUUUUGAAGUCCAAUUUCAUGCCAGCACAAAACAUUAAACCGAUCACGCCGUAUAACCUGACGGUGCUGUAUGUAAACAGCAGCUAUAACUUUGCAUGGAAUAGUGGAUAUGAGAAUCAUGAUUAUGUGAAAGUCUUGCCUUUUGAGUAUGUACUGAGUUACCACCCAGCAGGACAAUCUACCGUGAAGGAGCUGCAUACAAAAGAAACUGUGUUCAGAGUCUCAGAGACUGUUUUUGACCCAGGGACUGAAUAUGUUGCGAGGGUUUACAACACGGUGAAGAAUAACACCGUAUAUCAGGGAACAGCGAGUCAUUUGAGCGCUGAAAUCAGAUGGAAGACUCCAGCAAUCAGUGCAACAGAUGGAGUAACAAUUGUGAAGAAAAUUGUCAUUCUGGUCUGUUUGGCAGUAGGACUGCUGUCUCUCUUAUUAUUCCCUGUUGCAAGAAUGAAAAUAAAACAGAUAUCAUGGGUAGAAACUCCAUCUCCAUACGUCUCACCAAUCAACCAGACGACUCAGUUCUGGUUGUCCAAAGGUCACAUGCAAUACAUUUACAGCGAGGAAAUUUCAACGAUUGAUGUGAUCACAGAGAACACAGCCAGACAACAACAACAGGAGCAUUCCUCUGUUGUAUAUUCCCAGAGUCUCACACCUUAUGUGAGUCCUUUAAAGGAAGUCUGGCCUCUCUGUCUGAUGCCUGACUCACACGUGGCUGCUAACAGUGCCUUUACAGAUCCCGAUUUUCUGCCUGAAGACAACGAUGUUGAAAAAUUCCUCCUUUCAUUGAGCGCAGCUGAAGGUUGUGUGUCCUUGGAUGACCUGGAGCCCAGCCUUGAGACGAGCAAGUCCUCUGAAGCAUCGAGUCUCCCAGUUAGCCCUGUGUGUUUUACUCAGAGUUACUGCACUUUAACUAACACGGAAUUCGGCCUUGUUCCUACGUUUUGCAGAGGGCAGUGUGCUCCCAGUCUCGAUUUAGGGCUAAAGAAUACUACAUCACAGUUGAAUAUACAGAUAGAGGAGAGUUCACCAGAAGAGGACACAGUGACUCUUGACAAUUUGCAGCUGUCUAUGGAUGAAUGACUGAAACGAGACUAGUUUCUUGUUAAUACUGAAUUCUCUCAUGCUUAACAGAACGUCUACAAUGGGCACUAUAUUCGAUAUCCUUCAGUUUCUUUGGUAUGUGCUGCCCUCUGCUGCCUGACCUAAUGCCAUCUAACUGUUUUAGGUAUUUAGACAAACACGUUGAACCUUUAAGUCUCUUGUGGUUCAUCUCUUUAUCCCUCUCUCUUGUUAACCUUCCAAAUAAAACCCAUUUAUGAAACUUAUCCAUCUAAAGAACUUCAAGGGACUCAUUCGGAUCCUGUGGCAUCUGUAUCGAAGCCAUUAGAUCUGUUUAACCCCGAAUGUUCGACUCCGCUGAAUUCGACCGUGUCAAAAACGUCGAGACAAUAUCUUUUCAAAUGUACUGCAAAGUCUCAGUUCCCAGAGCGUCGCUCUUUUUGAGAAUUACGAAUCAAAAGUAGAAGUGAAAAUGUCGCUUGUAUAUAUUUUUCUCAGCUUUCCCUUGACUUGUGUUGUGUUAUAAUCUGUGUGUAACUGUUGUGCCGUUACAAUUUCAUAUGUUCCUGUUCAUAUAUCCAGCUAUAUAGAGAAUAGUAUAAAGUGUAAGGUUGUUGUUAGGUUUCAACAUCAUGUGUUAUUAUGUUCUCAGUGAUUAAUGGUACAUAUACAUUCUGAAUAUAGUGUUUAUUUAUAAAUGAUUAUAAAUAAUAAUAAAAUAAAGGAAAAGUGUGUCCACUG